AUGGGUGUUCUUGCAGCGAUUGCUAAGAAUUUGGAUACACUAAUCGGGCCGGGAGUGACACUUCUUUAUCCUUUAUAUGCAACAAUGAGAGCAAUAGAGAGCGCUUCCACACUAGACGAUCAGCAGUGGCUAACAUAUUGGGUGCUGUACUCUUUCAUCACAUUAUUCGAGCUCUUCUGUUGGAAAGUCCUCGCUUGGAUUCCAAUAUGGCCAUAUAUGAAGUUGUUGUUCUGCAUCUGGCUGGUAUUUCCAACAUUCAACGGGGCAGCCUAUGUUUACGAAAAUAUUGUGAGAAAAUAUGUGAAGCCUGGAAACUAUAUCAAUUGGAGCUCAUCAUCAUCAUCAUCAUCCUCAAAACACCCAGAGGGACAGAAGAAGGUCAUCCAAAUGAUGAGCCUCGACGGAAGGAAGUCGGUAGAGAGUUUUAUCGAUCACCAUGGACCAGAGGCCUUCGAAAGGGUUGUCAAAGCGGCUGAAAGAGAAGCUAGGAAGCACUGAGAAGAUCCAGUUCAUAAGGAAAGACAU